AUGCCCCUGUCCUUCCCCCGAGUGGCAGUAGGAGUCACCCUGUCCCCUUCUUUCCCUGGUGCAGGGACCGCCAAGGACUCAGAGGAUGAGGAGGAGGAAAGGGAUGAGGGGCAGAAGCUCAUGUUCCUGCAGGCCAUCUACCUUGCGUGUCUUGCUGCACAGGACAGAGGGCAGGACACACUGGAGCCACACUGCUGCAAGGUGGCUGUGGUGGAAAGGAUUGUGGAGCUCAUUGAGGAGCUUCCUGAUGACUCUCCACCCGGCACUGUCCUGGCCAACUCCCUGAUUGCUGUGGGCAACCUCAGCACCAUGACACUUGCCCUGGAGACAGAGCUGGAGACCCACCUCCUUCACGCUGCCCUUCACUCCGUCUUCACCCUGGGCACGGAGAAGGACACCACCCAAGUCCAGGAUCUGCAUAGGCUCUUGCCAGAUGUUCUGGAUGCCAUGCUGGGGAACCUGCUGGCAAAGUCCCCAGAGACCAACAGGCUCCAUUACAUCUUGGAGGAAGGGGCUCCCCAGAGACGUCCUCGAACCUGGUCUCCUGAGAGUGUUUCUGGCAGGAGGCUCCAGCCCCUCAGGCAUGAAGAGAGCAUCAGCAUGGCAUCUCUGGUCUCCAGCUCCACUUCCUGCAGCAGGGCAAAUGAACCCAUCAGCUCCCAGAAUCCCAACUCUUUGACUUUCUUCCACUCAGCAGUGGGGUUUCUCCAGCCCCUCACCACACCUGUCAGCCUUUGAAUGAUGAAGGGCCUGAAUAUCAGAGUCACCAGAACAAGCAAACUCCAGUUCCAGGAAGUGGUGCCUGUGUGUACUCAGACCCUCUGAAAACCAGGUCUGAAAUGGGGAGCAAGGACUACAGGCAAAUAACAGUAGGAGUGGGCAGAGCAGGCCUGUAACAGAGUGCUUUCCCCUGGGCUGCACAGCUGAUUACAGAAUGAGCCCUAACUGGGAGGCACCAUGUAGCUCCCCCUGAAGAGCCAGACUUCAGUGGUGACACAGCCCAGCUGGGGUAUCCACAGGAAUGAGAACGAAGUAGUUCAGAGCAGCAAGGAAACUUGAGAAGAAAGGUAGGAAGUACGCAGGGAAACCUGCAGCAAAGAGAAAAGAGCAGCCCUAGCUGUUGAGUACAGAGCCCUGGGCUGCUACCAGUGUCAGGGUGGGACCAGGUUCCCCUACUGGCCCCAAAGAAGGGGGCAUACACGCACCUGGAGAGGGUUACCAAGCCCAGCAAGGGGGUUGCAGGCUGAGCAGGAGCCCCAAGAAUGGCAGAAGGACUUCUUUCUGUGGAAAGACCUCUUUGGACUUCUAGCAUGAGACAAGCUGGACCCCAGAAGGGUGGACUAAAGGUGGUGACCUGGCCGGAGGGUUGAGUUACCAGGCAGAGAAACUACCAUGAUGCUGGAGUGACCAUGGAUGGGGGACGCUAGCCCAGCGAGAGGGUUGUGAUGCCAUGCCUGGCCACCGGGGGGGGGGCACGUAACGAUGAGUAGAUUUGUUUAUGAUUGGCAUAGUCAGGAGGACUGAAUUCUGCCUGUGAUCCAUGAGGACUGAUGGAAGUCUUGGUUGCUGAAGGAAGGUCCAUCCUCCCAAGUGGGUGUAUUGAGGGACCGAGCCAGUCACUGGAUUUCCCAUUUCAGUUCCAGGGACUGGAUAAGCAGCCAAAGUAGGUCUAGGGGUUUCUCCAGCAGCUCCUAGAAAACCAACAGAAGCAGAAAGAAGUGCAAGCGGAGCUACAGAUGCAGCAGCAGCAAUACCUAAAGUAUCAAAGAGAGCACUGCCACAGAGCUCUGUCUGCAGCCAAGGAGGUUGAGAAGGAACGGAGGGGACGGUCGGGGGUGUGGGUGCUACAGGAGGUGCCAACGACUGCACGAGACAAUUCCUAUGCGCUCCCUUCCCCCGACUGAGUACUGCUGCGAGAAAUCUCCGAUCUCUGGCGCAGAGAUGCACCGACACCUAGAGUGGAUCACCCACAGGGACACCACUCAAAGGCCUUGGCUACACUUGAGAGUUACAGCGCUGGUGGUGGCUUUACAGCGCUGUAACUCACUCGCCGUCCACAAUGGCAAGGCACAUACAGCGCUGUAUCUCCCUGGCUACA